GCUGAAAAUCUUCAAAGUCAGUCAGCGCAAAGACCCUCAAAAUCGGAUUUAUACAUUGUUACCUGAAAACUUCCUUGUUUGAAUCAUUACAUUUAUCCAUCCAAUGUGUUCUCUCUAUCAUGUUAUCCUUUAUCUGAAUGGUAUCUAAGAACAUUCUUUUAUCUGUAUGUAGCCUUAUUAUUACACAAAUUCAUUUUUGCUUAGUAACCUUGAUAGUUGGGUGUUAUCAAUAUUUGUCCAUGAAAAUAAUGGCAUCUUUGAAGUCUGGGGUUCUUGUAAAGUUUCUUGAAGAUAUGAAAAUGGAGGGUAAUAAUGCAAAUGCCUUAGAGGAUGAUGGAAAGCCUAUAUUGUUGCAAAUAAGAAGCAUUGUUCCUGUUCUUGAAGAAGGUGAUCUUUGGCCUAAUAGAGGAUUUUACCUCAAAGUUUCAGAUUUUUCACAUGCAAUGUAUGUUUCUUUGCCUGAUGAGCAAAAUGAGAUGAUUCUUGCAAACAAAUUGAAACUCGGGCAGUUCAUUUAUGUACAGAAAUUGGAAGAUGCUCAUCCUUUUCCGUUGUUAAGGGGCGUAACGCCUCUCCCUGGUAGGCGACCAUGUAAUGGAACCCCUGAGGAUAUUGUUUCGGCUGGGAAUUUAACGAAGAUUCUUAGGGCAUCUAAUGAAGAUAUUGUAGAAAAAAGUGUAAUUUCUGAGAAUAGGAUAAUUGAAAUCCCAUCCAAUUCAAGAAAGUUGUCUCGUGGAUUAUCUGAUCCUGAGGUGUUAAAGAAGAAAAAUGAUGAUUUGGAGGGAAAAUCUAAAGGGAAGUUUAGGUCUUUGCAUGCUUCGAAAGUACGUUCAGGUGAGAAAAUGAUGGGCUUGGAUUGCACUGCUAAAAGAUCUGACAGUGAGAGGAGAAAUUCUGAUCUUUUUCGGGAACUACAAAAGAGUCGGAAAAGAUCUUUUGAUAUUGAUAGUGAUACGGAAAGCAUAUUGUCAUCGCUCUCAUUUUCGUCUUCUAAGAGAAAAAGUUGGAACGAGUCAGAGAGUUUGGGAGUUAAAGAGAUCUUCGAUUCUUCUGUUGUCAAGCACGAUAUCAGACCACCUCGUAGUCCUAGUCCAACUGUUUCACCAGUUCGUCCUGUAAGGUAUGAUAGCUCCGAUGACAAUUCAAGUUCAAUACCAAGAAGAAGAGAAAUUGGCUCUGCAAAGAAAAUGAAGAGUUCCCCUAAGAGCAAAAAAUCUUUCUCCAAGAUAAACUGUGAGCAAGCCUCACAUCCAAUUGACCGCUUAGCUCAUGACAGACAAGGGGCAGAAACUGGUAUAUCAUGGGACUCACUGCCGUCGAGCUUGGUGAAGCUUGGAAAGGAGGUUGUAAAGCAAAGAGACAUUGCUUUGGUUGCAGCUACAGAUGCUUUGCAAGAAGCUUGUGCAGCUGAGAGGUUGCUCAAUUCCUUGAGCAACUUCUCAGAGUUCCAUUUAGCUGAAGAAGAUGAUCUCCAGCCUUAUGUUGAUAAAUUCUUUGAUCUUCAAGAUGACAUGGCUCAGACACGAUUAAUAUUACAGUCACUUACAAAUAUAAGUCCACUAAGAACUUCAGAUGAAGCUGAUCAUUCGACUAACACCGGUUCAGUUAAGGAAGCACUGACUAUUGCAGUUCAGAGAAAGAAAAAUUCAUCUAUGUGGAUAAAAUCUGCUGUGGCUCUUGAUCUUUCACCAUGCUCCACUGCCCUCAAUCCAAUCCAAAGCACUAUGGCUUUCACCAAUACAGUUAAGAAGUCAUCAAGCACAUCAAGUCGAAGUACCAAACCGAAAGGGUCAUAUAUUAUCAAAUCACAUAGAAACAGUGAUGAGAUUCCCUUCUUAUUGUCAUGUGACAAAAAUGAGCAACCUGAAUGGACUAGGGGAAGCACAAUGCCUACAGCCACUGUCCUAGCUUUUUCGUUGCAGGAUGAGUGUAGAAAAUUGUUUUUGGGACAUGUAGAGAAAUACCUAGAUGAGAUUGAAAUAAAAGCGUCUUCAAUGGUAUUAGAUAGUCAAAUAGCAGGAAUGAUGUAUAAGGUGAAGAGGGUCAAUGAUUGGUUAGAUGUGAUAAUCAAUAAGGAGGCGAAUGCUCGAAAGUACGGGAGUUUGGAUGACUCAGAAAUUGAAGUUUGUCAAAGGGUAAGGAACAAAAUAUAUGGGAUCUUGUUGAAGCAUGUUGAGAGAACUGCUAUGGCUUUUGGAAAUGCCUAGUGAGAUCAAACUUGAAAGCCUCAAAAUUCAGAUUUAAGUGCAGUGAUUGCUACAUAUAAAAAAAAAUGAGGGUGAAAAUGUAUACAUACAUGCAUCAAUCUUCUCUAACAGACGAUUAAUGCAGCAUUUUUUUUUUCCAUUUCCACUCUCCUGAAUAUUUUAUAUUUCUUAGUGUAUCUUAACUCUACGCAGAUCCUGUAAAUAUAACUCGAAGUAAAUGUGUAAUACAGAUAUCGAUUGA